UCCCAGUUUUUUACUUUCUCAUAUGUGUACAUAAUGACAUAUCUCUAUCAUUAUCCGUACUGUUGCACCACCCACAUAGCUUUACGGGCCAGAGGAAUCUAAACUUUAAUGGGGUUUUUCUCUUUUUGGGUUUCCUUUGAUAAUUUCUUUCUUUCUAUAUUUCAGCAUUUCUGCUAUUCCUUUUAUCCGCCAAUGAAGAUUUGAAGUAAUGCUAAUGGAAUUAUACAAAGUAGGCUAAUCUCCAAAUCUUCAUUUCUCUUGUCUUUCCUAGAUACAGUUAGUUUCCAUCUGCUUGUAAAAGCUACGUCUUGCCUCUUGAUUUUGUUUCCUGGGAGCAAUAAUGGCUGUUAGUGCCUUUAUAUCUCCUCCUCCUCCACUUCGUCCGGCUCUGGUCUCUCCUCUGUUCUUGACUUUUGCUAUUAUGGGUCGUCCUUACUUUCCCAUUUUUCUCUCUAGCUCUUCUUCCUCUUCCUUGUUCUUCUCUGUGUUCUAGCUUGUCCUGUUUCAGGUUUUCACUCUCCUGUAAGUUGUUAUCAGGUUUGUAGUCUCUCUUCUCCCCUUCUUCCACAGCCUUUCUUCUCUGUCGCUCUGUCCUUGCUUUUCUUCCACAACUCUACUGUCAAAAUCGUGAAUUCUCCAUAUUUUCUUGUUUCCAUCUCGAAAGACCUCAAGAAGCUAUAAUUCCCUCUGCAUUCUCCUCUACGUUACUCAAAUUUCCAUCCUUUACCACCUAAAAUCAAAAUGCCUCCUUCAUUUUUCCCUCUGCGGUGGGAGAGCACAGGAGACCAGUGGUGGUUCGCCUCCCCAAUCGACUGGGCUGCUGCCAACGGCCACUAUGACCUGGUUCGAGAGCUUCUUCACCUCGACACCAACCUACUCUUCAAGCUCACCUCCCUCAGGCGAAUUCGCCGUCUUGAAACCGUCUGGGACGACGAAACCCAGUUCAAUCAUGUCGCCAAAUGUCGUUCUCAGGUUGCUCGGAAGCUGUUCGUAGAAUGUGAGAGCAAGAGACGAAGCAACUCCCUUAUACGAGCUGGCUACGGUGGAUGGCUUCUAUACACUGCUGCCUCCGCUGGGGACUUGGGUUUUGUCAAGGAAUUGCUCGACAGGGACCCUCUUUUAGUCUUUGGAGAAGGAGAGUUCGGUGUCACGGAUAUCUUUUACGCUGCUGCAAGAAGCAGAAAUCCUGAGGUGUUCAGGGUCCUGUUUGAUUUCGCAGUCUCACCAAGGUAUUUGAUGGGUAAUGGUGGAGAAAUGGAGCAGCAGCCAGAGGAGGUUCCUGAGGUUUUUAGGUGGGAGAUAGUGAACAGGGCUGUUCAUGCUGCUGCUAGAGGAGGUAACUUGGAGAUCCUCAGGGAGCUUCUUGCAGAUUGUACUGAUGUCUUGGCUUAUAAGGAUCUCCAGGGUUCUACGAUCUUGCAUGCUGCCUCUGGCAGGGGACAGGUUGAGGUAGCCAAGUAUCUAGUGGCAUCCUUUGACAUCAUCGCCUCAACUGACAAUCAAGGAAACACUGCAUUGCAUGUGGCUGCUUACAGGGGUCACUUGGCUGUGUUAGAGGCUCUAAUUCUCGCAUCUCCUUCAUCCAGCUCUUUGAGAAACAAUGGGGGAGAUACCUUCCUCCAUAUGGCUGUGGCUGGCUUCCACACUCCGGGUUUCCGAAGGUUGGACCGACAGAUUGAGCUCAUGAAGCAGUUGGUCUGUGGAAAGAUCAUAAGUAUGAGAGAUGUCAUUAAUAUCAGAAACAAUGAUGGAAGAACUGUCCUUCAUAUGGCUGUUCUUGAGAAUAUACACUCCAACCUGGUGGAACUCCUAAUGAAGAUACCGUCAAUUGAUUUAAACAUGCGUGAUGUUUAUGGCAUGACACCUCUAGAUCUCCUCAGACAAGGGCCAAAAUCUGUCUUAUCUGAAUUACUGAUCAAGCAGUUGAUCUCUGCUGGGGGAAUGUCCAGUUGUCAGGACUAUAUGGCUAGAAGUGCCAUCGUUUCUCACCUGAAGAUGCAAGGUAUUGAAAGCAGUCCUGGAACUUCCUUUAAAAUAUGUGAUGCAGAGAUAUUAUUGCACACAGGCAUUGAGAGUGCAUCAGAUGCUGUUGGUGAUCUGGAAAGUGCAACAUGCUUAAGUGAACUUAGUAACUUUGACUCGAUCGAUGGGAGCCACGGCUCUUUUGAUAAUAAAAGGGCUGGUGCUGUAAACAAUGCAGCAAGACAUCUAAAAAUUCUCCUCCAAUGGUCGAGCCGAAAACAGAAGAAAUCUGAAAGUUUGAAGAAGUUGGGGGACAAUGAUUCAGUAGGGUCAUGUAAGAAACGUAGAAAUUUGGAUGACACUCCAACACCACUCAGGCAGAGAUUCUCAAAGCCCUCAUCGCUUCCGAAUAACAAAAGGACUCUUUCUGUCAGGAGUAAUCUUCCAAGUCCAUCCAGCAAGAAGAAGUUUGCUGUAGGAGUAAUCAAUGGUGUUGUUCAGGCCAUGCCACAUGUUGCUGUUCCCACCAGAUCAUCUACCAGUUCUUUCUCAAACUCUCCUAUUCCUUCACCUACUUCCUUGGAUAAACAGAAGGGUCUUCAUAUUGGAAAUGAAAGUGCUGAUCCCUCUUGCUCUAAUCAAUCUCUAAUUGGUGAACCAGUGGAAAUAACCCAAAAACGAACCCCAGUAAAAAGGAGAUUCAUGAACCAGUACUUUUGUUUCGGUGCACAAAGCUUGGCUGUACAUGACCCUGUUAUGAGGCCACCGUCGAACAAGGGUUAUAAGCGAUCACUUCUUUCUGUGGCUUGACUGAGUUCAUCUUAACGGAUGGUGCCUGUGUAGCUCCUGCAAUCAGUAACUGUUCCAAAGCAAGUUAUCAGGUUUACUGUACCUUUAAAUGCAUUAGAUCAAUAGAGUUCUGCAGAUGUUAUCUUGUUCUCAUUCAUAUAUUAUGGUUGUUUUUAUCCUAGAUGUCUUAAAAGUCAUGAUAGGUAUCUUGAGACAGCCAUAACGUAUAGGAUAUGUGUAGUGAGAACCUUCCUUUGUUUUGUACUCCGAAGUCUGAAAUCCAAGAAUGUUUCUAUGUCAA